AGGUUGGAAAUGUCAGAAGAAAACAAGACGCUGGUGACCGAGUUUGUUCUCACAGGACUGACAGAGCGUCCAGGGCUGCAGGUCCCUCUGUUCCUGGUGUUCCUGCUCACCUACCUCACCACCAUGGUGGGCAACCUCGGACUGGCUGCUCUCAUCUGGAAGGACGCCCGUCUGCACAGCCCCAUGUACUUACUCCUCGGCAGCUUGGCCUUUGCAGAUGCUUGUUCUUCAUCCUCAGUGACCCCCAGGAUGCUUAUACAUUUUUUAUCUAAGAAUCAUGUGAUACCUCUCCUUGACUGCUGGGCCCAAUUUUACUUUUUUGGUUCCAGUGCCACCACAGAAUGUUUCCUCCUGGUGGUGAUGGCCUAUGACCGCUCCGUGGCCAUAUGCAACCCCUUGCUUUAUCCAGCGGUGAUGUCCAGCAGACUCUGCACUUGGCUUAUAAGUGUGUCUUACGUCAUUGGUUUUCUACAUUCAGCAAUUCAUGUGGGUUUGUUAUUUAGAUUAACCUUCUGCAAGUCCAAUGUAAUACAUUAUUUCUACUGUGAAAUUUUACAACUGUUCAGAAUUUCUUGCACUGAUCCCACAGUUAAUACUCUUCUGGUUUUAAUCUUUUCAGCCUUUAUACAAGUCUUCACUUUUAUGACCAUCAUGGUCUCUUACUCCUGUGUCCUGUUUGACAUCCUGAAACAGAAGUCUGCAAAGGGCAGGAGCAAAGCCUUCUCCACGUGCAGCGCCCACCUGCUCUCUGUCUCCUUGUUCUACGGCACUCUCUUCCUCACGUACGUGCGUCCUGGGUCUGGCCCAGCUGAAGACCAUGACAAAAUGUUUUCUUUAUUUUACACGAUAAUAAUUCCUCUACUUAAUCCUUUUAUUUACUGUCUGAGGAACAAAGAGGUUAUAAGUGCCUUGAGAAAAAUAAUGAAGAAAUAA